UCAGCAGCGAUCGGCAGCUGGGAAUUGAGGGCGGAAGUAAGCGAAGGUGUGGGCGGAACUGUGAACCAUCGUCUGCUAGAGUCAGCUAGAGGCCUUGGUCCAUCUCGGCUUGUAUGGAGUCGACAGACGUCUCUUCAGAGGAGAGGCAGCUGGUAGAAGAGGACACUGUUCUUUUGGAUGACCUGGAGCGGGAUGACCUGGAGCGGGAUGACCUGGAGCAGAACCCCUUUGAUGGUCUCCCGUUUUCCUCGCGCUAUUAUCAGCUGCUCGCCGGACGGCGGUCAUUGUCUAUAUGGAGUGUGAAAUACCAGUUCCUGGAGAGUCUGCAGAGCAGUAACAUCGUCCUGGUUUGUGCAGAGCCCGGCGCCGGCAAAAGUACCCAGGUGCCACAAUGGUGUGCAGAAUAUGCGCUCUCCCAGCAGUACCGUGAGGGUUCUGUCGUCUGCUCCCAGCCCUACCCCACUGCUGCCUUCAGCCUGGCCCUCAGAGUGGCGGAUGAGAUGGACCUGAAUGUGGGCCAUGAAGUCGGGUUCUCCAUUCCACACGAGGACUGCUCCUCUGCUAACACUGUCCUGAGGUUCUGCUGGGAUUCCCUUCUGCUCCAAGAGCUGACCUCUGACCCUCUGAUGCAGACCACUGGUGUGGUUGUACUUGAUGAAGUAGAUGAGCGUACAGUGGCCACUGACCUUCUUCUGGGCCUCCUUAAGGACAUGACACUUCAGAGACCGUUCCUUCGCUUGGUGGUGAUGACAUCACCCGGGUUUCGUCAGCGUAUGGUGGACUACUUAGGUGCAGACGUCUCCGUAGUGAAUGUUCCAGUGCGAGAACACCUGCCGAAUGUUGUCUACCGCCCAUCAGUGUCACAUGACCACAUCAUGGCUGCAUGUCACAUGGUCCUAGAUGUUCACCGCAGGAAUGAGCCGGGGGAUGUGUUGGUGUUUUUGGCCAGUGAAGAGGAAGUUCUUCGGUGUUGCUCCGCUCUUCUCACAGAGUCCGUGUCUUUGAGUCCCAGUUUGGGGUCGCUAUCGCCUGUGUCUCUGAUGGCCAGUGCUGGUAAUGGAUUGCAGUCAGUGUACGAGGCUGAAUCCACAGACGAGCGCCGAGUUUACCUCUCGGGUUCACUGACAGAACUUUCCUUCUCUCUCCCGGGGAUUCAUUACGUCAUCGAUACAGGGCACGAGCUGCAGACCGUUUACAAUCCCCGGAUCCGGGCAGAUUCUCAGCUUCUCCGAGUGAUCAGUAAAAGCCGAGCUGAGAUCCGCAGGAUGAGAGUGCAGGCCCCUGAUGGGGUGUGUUAUCGAUUGUACUCAGAAAACGUCUUUGAGACUCAGAUGCCGGAGUUUUCCCCUCCUCGAGUUCUGGAGGACAACCUGAGCCGCAUGGUCCUGCUGCUAAAGAGACUGGACAUUGCGGACCUCGGCCAGUGUGACUUCCUAGAGCGACCUGCCCCGGAGGCCCUCAUGCAGGCUCUGGAGGAUCUGGAUUACCUGGCGGCACUGGACGAUGAUGGGAACCUGUCUGAGGUCGGCAUCGUCAUGUCAGAGUUUCCACUGGAUCCUCAGAUCUCCAAGUCCCUCCUGGCGGCCUGCGAGUUCCAGUGUGUCAGCGAGAUGCUCACACUGGCAGCAAUGCUUACUGUCGCCCCCUGCUGUUUUCUGCCCCCUCCACAUAGCGCUCCUGUGCUGAGUUCUCGUCGUGCUCUGCAGCGCCCUGAGGGUGAUCACAUGACCCUCAUCCACAUCUACAACCACUAUAAGGAGCACGGUGACGCUUGGUGCUGUGAUGCGGCGCUGUGCCCGCGCUCCUUGCACCAGGCUGACGUGCUGCGCGCAGAGCUCCUGGACAUCAUGCAGAGAAUUGAGCUGCCGGUCUCUGCCCCCAUGUUUCCCGAUGAGGAGUGUAUUCUGAACGUCACCCGGGCUCUGCUAUCUGGAGGAUUCCUCAAGGUGGCCCGGGACGUGGACGGACAAGGAAAUUAUGUGAUGCUGACUCACAAGCACGUGGCCCACCUGCACCCGUCCUCUGUGUACUACGGCCAGAUGCCACUGCCCACUUGGGUCUUGUACCAUGACUUCAGCAUCUCCCAGGACAACUGCAUCAGCGUAGCCACAGAAAUCCUCCCCGAGAUGUUGCUGGAGUUCGCCCCUCAAUAUUACUUGAGUAAUCUCCCUUUAAGCGAGAGCCGCGAUCUACUUAUGGAACUGCGAGAUCAACUUCAAGACCAAGAUACGUUUACUGCACAGAGAGAGGAGGACUCCCUGAAGGAGGCAGAGGAGAAGGACACGUGCUGUCUACAAUGAGGGCUCUACUCUUU